CAUAACAUGUCAGAUUCUGUCGCACGUGUUUAGUGUUUUUAUCACAAAUUUUAAGAAAAAGGCUCAUAUAAUUAUAUCAUAAUUACGGAACAAAAUAAUUCAAUGCAAUGGCUAGUGUCGAAAUAGACAAAAUCAUCAACCAGUUUAAUGUCUUAUGUGAAAAACCAGUCAAGUUUCUUACGGUACAAAAGGACUCAAAAGAUGACUUCAAAAGUUUGGUAAAAUCGCUUUACGACUUCACGAAAUCAGAAGAAAAGGGCAGUAAGUCUAAGAAGAAUCAAGCUUUACCUAAAAUUAUCGUCGACGAUUUCGACGAGGAACAAAUAUGGCAGCAAAUCGAGUUACAAAAUUCGGAGUGUUGGGACCAAAUUACAUGGGAUGUAGCUAACUGUAUAUCGAAUAAAAACGACCUCUCCUUCCCCAUCAAAUUGCCAGAAAUACAUUCUGACGAUGAGGUCGACACAGAUGAUAAAAUAUCGGAAAAGGAUGAUGAUAAUGAGUCCGAAAUGUCUGAUCCUGAAAUGGAUGCUGAUGAGCAGCCAAAAUCUCAAAAAAAGUCAAAUAAAACGGUAUCCAAAAAGUCAAAGUCUUCCAUAGUUGAUGAUAAAUUCUUCAAAUUGAAUGAUAUGGAAAAGUUUCUACUGAAUGAGGAAAAAAUGGAGGAGAAGGGGAAAAACAGGAAAAAUGAUGAAGAAGAUGAUGAUUCUAUUGAUUUAUUUGAAGAUGUUGAUGAUGAGGACUCAGAGGGGGAGGGUAAGGAGAUGAUGUACUCUGACUUUUUCAAUGAUGAAGGUGAUCAGGAAGAAAAUUAUGAUGAUGACCAAAUCGAUGAUGAACAAGUUGGUGAUGAACAGAGUGAAGAAGAAGCUGAGCAUGAGCCAAGAAAAAAAUCAUCAAAGAAGACUGUAAGGUUUCUAGAACCUGAUUCAGGAACUGAAUCAGAUGGAAGUGAUGAUAGUCAAAAAAUGGAACCAAAAAUAAAUGGAGCUAGCAUCAGUGAUGAGAAGAAAUCAGAAUUUGAGCUACGACAGCAGAGAUUGCAACAGACUAUCACAAGAUUGGAAGAGAAAACCUUAAAAGAUGCCCCAUGGCAAUUGAAAGGUGAAGUUGAUGCUAAAAAACGUCCAGAAAACUCCCUGCUACAGGAAAUACUAGAUUUUGAUCUCACAACCAGACCCCCACCAAUUAUAACAGAACAAACAACCAUCACAUUAGAAGGACUCAUAAAACAGAGAGUUAAAGAUAAGGCAUGGGACGACGUUGUGAGAAAAGAAAAGCCAGUUGAUGAUCAACUGAACUUCAAAAAGACUGCUGUGCUAGACCAAUCGAAGAGCAAAAUGAGCUUAGCACAAGUGUAUGAAGCGGAAUAUUUAAAACAGAAACAGGAGAAGUCUGGGGAGGUAGAAGAAGAGGAACCAGAAAGCCACAAAGAGAUAAGAGAAGCAAUGAACAAGCUGUUUGCUAAGUUAGACGCUCUAGCCCAUUACCACUACACACCUAAAGCUCCUAGCGCAGAAGUGAAGAUUGUCAGCAACACACCAGCUAUAUCCAUGGAGGAGGUGGCUCCUGUGGCUGCCAGUGAUGCCACAUUACUGGCCCCAGAGGAAAUCAAGAAGAAACAGAAGGGAGACUUGAUGAGCAAAGAUGAAAAAACGAAAACAGAUAAGAACAGGGAGAGACGGAAGAAAAAGAAGCUGCAGAAACAAAAGGGUGGGGUGCAGAAAGUAACAGACCACAGAAACACAAAGCAAGGUGUAGAAUCUACUGACAAAUCGGUGAAAACAUCCAAGGCAUUCUUCCAACAACUUAAUGAUGAUGCUACUAGUUUAAUUAAAAAGAAAAAUGUUGCCAGUAAAUGACAUUAAAAUUAUGUCAAAUAU